UNCAAAUGUUUAUUCAUCCAUCCAAACUGUAAAUAUGAUGCCAAAUGCACCAAACCAGAUUGUCCUUAUACUCAUGCCAGUCGACGGGCACCACAACCACCUCCUAAACAAGUUCCAGCUCCAGCCCCACCAGCAUCUUCUACCAGCCAGCUUUGCCGCUUUUUCCCUGCGUGUAAGAAAAUGGAAUGUCCUUUUUACCAUCCCAAAGUAUGUAUCGUAGAUUGA